AAAUAAAAUCAAAAUGAAAUUCGUUAUUGUUUUGGCUGCUCUCUUCGCUGUUGCUAUUGCUGCUCCAGCUGAUGUUGAAAUUGUUCGUUAUGACAAUGAUAAUAUUGGUGUUGAAGGAUAUAAAUUUGGUGUUGAAACAAGUGACGGAAAAAAACAUGAUGAAUCUGGUCAAUUGAAAAAUGUUGGAACUGAACAAGAAGGUAUUGCCGUACAAGGUUCAUUCUCAUACGUUGGUGAUGAUGGUCAAACUUAUUCAGUAAGCUAUGUUGCUGACGAAAAUGGUUUCCAACCAACCGGUGCACAUAUCCCAGUUGCCGCCUAAGAUAUUACUAAAUUUCUAAAUUAUAUUAUAGUUUUGAACCAAAAAAAAAUAUUGAAACAAAAAUAAGACAAAAAAAAAACUUAAUAUUGGG